CACACUGCAUUCCACCGCUUAGCAGCACGUGUGUCGUCCCGUCCGUAAAUAAUAGUUUUAUUAUUGUUUUACUGACCAAAAUGACCCAGGCGGAGAUUGUGAAACGUCUCCGGGAGGAGUACGACAGAAGGCACAGCCAGGAGCAGAAGCCCAAGAAGGCGGAGGAUCUGCUUACCCUCACCAAAAAGUUCCACCAGCGUGUGCUCGAUCUGUUGACCACUCACAAAGUGCCCUACUCCAAUAAAGAAGAUGAAGACACCUACGAGGAUUACCUGCUGCCGGAUACUAAGAAUUCGGGCGGGAAAAACAAGAAAAAACAGAAAAAGCAGGAAAAACUUAAAAAUCAGGACUCCGACGACGAGGAUGUGGACGCCCGCAUCGCCUCCAUCAAGAACAAGCUGCGCCAGAAGAAGGGACCCACCACAGAGCGCCAGCAGAAAAGGAGAGAGUCCAAAAAGCUGAAGCGCAGUAAGGGCGUCCAGAAACUGCUCCUUUCCUCGGCCAAAAACCUAAAGAACGAGAACGUCAAGCACCAGAAGUUGAAGAACGGACUGGUCAAGACGGAGCAGGAUCCGGAGGACAGCAAGGAGCAGAUUCAACCGGUCAAAGUGCAGCCGGUCUACAACCAGGAGGCCAAAAUCGUGUAUUCCAAAGUGGACUUUGCCGCCAAUCCGGGUGGUAAGGUUAAGAAGUCCCACCAAAAUCCCAAGGAGAUCCUGAAGAAGUUGCGCGACACCAAGAAGCAUCUCACCGAGCUGCGUGAACAGGGCGAAACGGAAAAGGCCGCCGAGAUGCAGACGGACAUCGCCUGGCGCAAUGCUUUCGACAAGGUCGAGGGAAAGAAGGUCAAGGACGACACCAAGCUGCUGCAAAAGGCCAUCAAGAAGCGGCGCGUCGAGAAGAAGAAGUCGAAGACCAAGUGGUCCGAGCGCAAGCAGAAGGUCGAGUAUGACAAGGAGAAGCGACAGAAGAAGCGCCAGGGUAACCUGGAGAAGCGCAGCAAGGACAAGAAGACCAGGAAGCUAAAGACGGCCAGCAAGAAGGGCCGCAUCAUACCCGGCUUCUAAUAAGUAACUAGCCUUAAGUGUAAAUUAAUCUAAUGUAUGCCACGUUGAAAUUCAACUCAGAAUGCUCUAGAAAAAAAGUAAUUGUUUGGAAAA